AUGGCUACAACCCUCAACGAUCUGCCGGAUGUGAUUUUGUCAAUCAUUUUUACAUCAGUCUCCGACGCGCGAGCCCGAAACUCGCUUUCUCUGGUUAACAGGAAAUUCUUAGCUCUGGAGAGAUCCACCCGCACCUCCCUCACGCUCCGUGGCAACGCGCGUGAUAUCUACAUGAUCCCUACCUGUUUCAGAUCGGUGACUCAACUUGAUCUCUCUCUGCUCUCUCCUUGGGGCCAUUCUGAUCUCCUAUCCUCUGCCUCUUCCGACCUCCUCGCCCACGCCCUUCGUUUGGCCUUCCCUUUAGUGACCUCCCUCACCGUUUAUGCUCGAUCUCCGUCCACGCUUCACAUCCUCCUCCCUCAGUGGCCGCGACUGAACCAUGUCAAGCUCAUCCGUUGGCAUCAACGCUCCCCGUCCUCUCAUCUUGGAAAUGAUUUAGUCCCUUUGUUUGAACACUGUCAGGCCCUCACUAGCAUCGACCUUUCCAGUUUUUAUUACUGGACUGAGGAUAUCCCUGCGGUUUUGCAAGCCUAUCCCUCUGUGUCCAAGGCCUUGACAUCCUUGGAUCUCUUGACUGUUUCUAUAACGGAUGGUUUUAAGUCUGGGGAGAUUCAGGAAAUCACUGCAGCUUGUACUAGUCUAACCAAGUUUCUUCUUGUUUGUAUUUUCGAUCCAAGUUACAUUGGAUGCGUUGGUGACGAGACCUUGCGAGCUAUUGCUGCUAACUGCCCUAAAUUAAGGGUUUUGCAUCUUGUUGAUAGGGCAUCCUUGGGGAACACUAGAGGGGAACCUGAAGAUGAUGGGUACACAAAGGAGGAUGCAAGGAUUAGUAAAGUGGGGUUGGUGGAUUUUUUUGCUGGCCUUCCUCUUUUACAAGAAUUGGUUCUAGAUGUUUGCCAGAAUGUAAGGGAUAGUGCUGUGGCUUUGGAAGCACUUCAUUCGAAAUGUCCUGCGUUGAAGCUGCUUAAACUGGGGCAGUUUCAUGGGAUUUGUAUGGCCGUUGACUCGCAGCUUGAUGGGGUUGCUUUGUGUUCUGGCCUGGAGUCCUUGUCUAUAAAAAAUUCAGCAGAUUUGACGGACAUGGGGUUGAUCGAGAUUGGAAGAGGAUGCUGUAAAUUGGCAAAGUUUGAAGUCGAGGGAUGCAAGAAGAUUACAAUGAAGGGAAUGAGGACAAUGGCUUCAUUGCUCCAUAAGACUCUGAUUGAGGUCAAGAUUUCUUGUUGCAAGAGCAUUAAUGCUGUAGAGUCUUUGCGAUCUCUGGAGCCUAUUCAGGAUCGGAUUGAAAAACUACACAUUGAUUGUAUCUGGGACGGUUUGGAAGAGGAUUUUGGUAUCUUCAGCUUUGAGCUCGACGACGACCUAUGUCGAAGUGUCGAGCAUGAGUAUGCUAGCAAAAAGAAGAAAUGCAAGCAUUCUUCGCAUCCUGAUUCUUCCUCCUGUAUGCAAAGCAACGGAAAUGGAAUUUUUAGCAAGUCCUGGGACAGGCUCAAAUACCUUUCUUUAUGGAUUGGUGUUGGUGAGCUUUUGACGCCGUUGACAAUGGCUGGCCUUGAUGAUUGUCCUAAUUUGGAGGAAAUUAGGAUAAAGGUUGAAGGAGACUGCAGAAGUGGGCACAAACCAUCACAGCGUGAAUUUGGAUUGAGCUGCCUUGCUAGUUAUCCUCGACUGUCAAAGAUGCAGUUGGAUUGUAGUGAUACAAUAGGGUUUGCAUUAACUGCACCAUCUGGGCAAAUGGAUUUGAGCCUUUGGGAGAGGUUUUUCUUGAAUGGGAUCGGGAAUUUAAGCCUUUAUGAGCUCGAUUAUUGGCCACCACAAGAUCGGGAUGUCAACCAAAGGAGUCUGUCACUUCCAGGUGCUGGGUUACUUGCAGAAUGUCUCUCAAUGAGGAAGCUUUUCAUACAUGGAACAGCUCAUGAGCAUUUCAUGAUGUUCCUCCUAAGAAUCCCCAAUCUGAGAGACGUGCAGUUGAGGGAAGACUAUUAUCCAGCUCCAGAGAAUGACACGUGCACAGAGAUGAGAGUUGGCUCAUGCAGUCGUUUUGAACAUGCAUUGAAUAGGCGUCAGAUCCUCGAUUGA